CAGGGUUGCACCUUGCAUUAUACUCGCAUACAAAUACACUCGCACACACGCUCAUAUGCAUAUUGCAUGUGUACGCACACACAUACAUAUACAUAUAAUUAUACACACAUAUAUAUAUAUACAUGUCACAGCCUCCGCCUGAAAGUUACGGUCCUGGGGUGCCGUCCCGGCCCCCUCCACCGAGAAGACCUCCAGCACACCCUACUACAUACACGAGUGAACCAAGUGCACCUACAGCCCCACCUAUAGAUGUACAGGAUGCAUUUGAGCAGAGACAUGUGCAUAUGGAUAAUCAUACGGAGCCUAUGAAUACAUACAAAGACACACAGGCUCAAACACAGGCUCAGAUAUACCAGCAGUCGUAUCCGCAUGCGCAUGAAGGGUCGUCAAGUACAUACCCCACACAACAGGAUAUGAUGGAUGCUAUACCGUAUAACCAGGCUAUGAACAAUACCGAUACAAAGAAAUCAGCUCCUAGUAAUGUUUCGGCAUACACCGCUGCCUCAGCACAAUCACCGUACGCUCCAACAGCAACACAA